GAUUCAGAAGAUGUACAUGAUGAUGUUUUUGGCAGCUUUUCUCCCUCUUUUAUUGGGCAGUGGUUCUGCACUCAUGCCUUUCGACUGUUCUGACAUCCAAAACUCAGGAGAAACACUUAGUGGGAUUUACGCCAUCUAUCCAGCAGGUGACUUUCCCGUCUGGGUUUACUGUCACAUUGUCUCAGAUGGGACCGUUGAAGACAAUGGAGGAUGGACGGUGAUUCAGAGGAGAGUGGACGGCAGUGUAAAUUUCUAUCGCCCGUGGAAUCAAUACAAGAGAGGAUUUGGGAAUGUGGAGACGGAAUACUGGCUGGGGCUGGAGAACAUGUUCCAGCUGACACGUAACAGGGCGUAUAUGCUGAGAGUGGAUCUGGAGGAUUUUAAUGGAAGGAAAGGUUACGCUCUGUACUCAUCCUUCUCUGUGGGUGCUGAAGUUGAUGGAUAUAAACUGCAAGUUUCAGGAUUUACUGAUGGAGGAGCAGGUGACUCUUUGACCUUCCACAAUGGUCUGAAGUUCACAACUUUUGACAAGGAUCAAGACAUCGAUGAUAAUAAUUGUGCCAAAAUGCGUCUUGGAGGAUUUUGGUAUAGAGCCACACCUUGUCACUACACAAACCCCAAUGGUAUAUACUUAUGGGGAAGAGAUGCCACCAUUUUCGGUAUUGGAAAUGCUUGGUACACCUGGGAGAACAGUGUUGCUGUUGGCAUGAAAACCAUCAGCAUGAAAAUUAAACCUAUGUCUUAAAAACAUUAGUGUUUCCAGGUGCAAAUGUUUGAUAUUGUUAACCGUAUAUGACCACUGAGAAGAUUUAUGCUUUCUCUUUUAACUGUGCAAUAGUUAAAAUGUGUAUGUAAUUUAGAAUGAUUUGGUACAUUUUUAAUAAACUCCAGCAUUGAAAGCAUUAUUGUCUGUAUGAAGAUGACUGUUGUUUA